AUGCUGCCCACACGAAAUCCUAUCAUCAACAUUCUAUUUCCAGAGUCUCUGGAAAAAGCAAUUCCAAUCAGAUCCAUUGUACAAUAUUGUUGCGAGUAUUGUCCGCUCAUAUGUCGUGUUGUACUUGUCGCUCUCACAUGCGCGUUACUGUAAGUACUGAAAAAGCGAAGAGGACGUACGUAUUACAAUUCUACAAUUUGAUUAUCUCUUUAACAUAAUUCAAGUACUAGGUAUAUUAAUUUGAUUAAUGAUACAUAAAGGCGGGCGGUUACCUCAGCCCCUCUACCGGUCAACGGUGGCGAGGCUGAGUGUCGAAUAUUAAUUCCGAGACCCCAAAAGGCCAGUGUAAAGUUGGUAGAAAUCAAGUUUACUUUGAAAGUAUGUGUGAAAAUCGUAUUCAUCCUCGGAGAUAUAGUGGGUUCAGGAAAUGAAGCAGUGAUCUGUAAGUAAAAAGAAAGAAAAAGAUUUUAAAAAGGAGAAAGGAAAAAAAUAAAAAUGGAUGCGAAUUGCCAAGAACACUAAAUUUUUUACGAAUUCGAGUCUCGGAAUUGUAAAUGUUUUUUCAACAUAUUUAAACUUUUUUUUCAAUAAAUUUUCAAUCAAUUUGAAAUGCGAUGAAACUUCGAUUGGCCAUUUUAUGAAAAUUCACUGUGUUAUUAAUUUUUCGAUUUAUGAAAAAUAUUAUAAUAUUGAUUUUUCUUUUCUACAAAGAAAAGAAUAUUAUUGUUUUAUGUAAACGAUUAAUUUAAAGAUUUGCGUAAAAAUUAUUUAGAGAAAUGUUCAAUCGAGAUUUCAUUGUAUGUUAGUCUUGUGAUGUUUGACAUCAGAUAUACUAUAACUCUUCUUUUCAUUCGUUCAUUUCAAACGUAUGUACCACUAGGGAGAUUUAUGUAUAAUCAAACUAUUAUCAAAACUAAUUCUAAUCCGUACUAUCGUAACGCGCACCUUUCGGUUGAUAUGCAUACGCAGUUAACUUUAAAUCUCCGUUUUAUUUGAAAACGACAAUAACAGUAAUAAAAUGAGAUAUUAAAAUCAAAGGGAAAAUCGUACAUUAAUUGUUAAUGAUUAAACAUUUAUUUUGGCAAUUUGCAAGAUAAUAAAGUCAUCGGUGAGAAAAAAGAGAGUGAAAAGUGGCAUGAACAGUGAGCGAGAGGGAGAGAGUCAUUUAUUUAGGGGAAACUAUACAGCACGGCAGUUUUGUUAGAAAAAUUUUCUUCAGCAUUGGAUGUACGUAUUGAACUCGUUUUCUAAAUCGUCUAGAAUUGAUUCACAUAUCGCAAUUUCGUGUUCUACCGUAAAUAGUAUAAUAAACCUAUUAGGUUGUAAGUUGUUUCAUAGACCAUUGAACAUAUGAACUUAAGGUGUGUGCUGAUUGUAGCUUCAUUGCCAUCGCAUUGUCGUGUCAGGCGGAGAGGUGUUGCCACUCUGUAAGUGAACAUAACAAAAUAUUUAUCUGUAAAUUGAACUGCAUUUUUACUUUAAAAUUUCUGUGAAUCAAAAAAAUAAAUAAUGAUAAUAUCGAUUGAAUGUAAGCGUAUAUACGUGUAUGUAUAUAAGAAUAAAUAAAUAUGUAUUGGUAUAUUUAUUUAUUCGAUAAAAAUAUAUAUACAAGUAUAUAUAAUUACUUUGUAAGCGCGUAUGUCUAUACCGGAAGUGUACAUUUGUAUACUUUGUCUACAAUUUGUAAGUUCUCGUAAAAAAAAGAAUAAUAAAGAACAUCCUUGGACCGUAUUUUUCUGGAUAAUUAGGGUCUUUAACUUCUAUGGUUGUUGCGUUUUAAAUUAUUUAGUUGGCUAUCGAUUUAUCCAGUUCGGUUUUCUAUUUACGGAACAGCCAGUUGAGAAACCUUGUUCUUGUCGUAAUAUAAUCUUUCAUAAAACAAGUCGGGAGGGACUAUAUGUGUAUAUAUGCGUGUAUAUAUAUAUAUAUAUAUAUAUGUGUGUAUAUAUAUAUAUGUAUAUAUUAAAUAAAUCCAAUAAGGCUUCUUAGGAUCGAAUGUAAUAAUAAGCUAAUAUCGAAUGAUUUGUAAAUCGCAGCGCAUGGACCUGGGAGAAUGCCCCCAGAUUCACGACUUGGCCUUACGGGCUGACUAUGAAGCUGCACAAAAGAAAAAGGACCAUUUCUACGACAUUGAUGCUAUGGAACAUUUACAAAAUUUUAUCGCCGAUUGCGAUCGUCGUACAGAACAAGCAAAACAACGACUCGCAGAAACGCAGGAAGAGCUUAGCGCCGAAGUGGCGGCGAAAGCAAAUAACGUUCACGUACUCGCAGAAGAAAUCGGCAAAAAGUUGGCGAAAGCUGAACAACUUGGAGAAGAAGGCUUUGUCGAAGAAUCGAUGAAGCUUAUGGGUGAGAUUGACGAGUUACGAAAGAAAAAGAACGAGGCUGAACAAGAAUAUCGGAACAGUAUGCCAGCAUCCAGUUAUCAACAACAAAAGCUAAGAGUCUGUGAAGUUUGCAGUGCAUAUCUUGGAAUUCAUGAUAACGAUCGACGAUUAGCGGAUCAUUUUGGUGGAAAAUUACAUCUGGGCUUUAUCAAGAUCCGUGAGAAAUUGGCAGAGCUUCAAAAAACCGUGGAGGAAAGACGUAAAGAAAAAAGAGAAUCAUUGUUAGACAGACGCAGAGACAGAGAUAGAGAUGACCGCGAUAGAGAUCGAGACAGUCGACGUGGAGGAUUGGGUUAUAGAGACAAAGAUCGAGAUCGUGAUCGUGAUCGUGAUCGAGAUCGUGAUCGUGAUCGUGACCGCGACAGAGACCGUGACCGCGACCGCGAUCGUGAUCGUGAUCGUGACAGAGAUCGAGAUCGCGAACGCAGAGAUAGAGAUAGGAGAAAGUCUCGCUCACGAAGUCGCAGUCGUGGAAAAAGAUCGAAACGUUCACGGAGUAGUAGCCGUAGCCGUCGAUCCCGUUCUCGUCGUAGUGGGUCCAAUGAUCGGAAAAGAUAAAACUAAUUACCAUUUUUAAUUAUGCUCAAUCAUUUUUUCCUCGUAUAAAUUCUCACGUGCUUACUUAUGCACAUUACAUAUAAAGAGAAAGAAUAAAAAAAAAGAAAGCAGGAUCGCAUUUGUUGAACAUCAUUUUUUCAAUAGAGAUCUUUUCUGAAUAAAAUAAACUGAGAUUUAUACAUUGUCCGUCACAACUUUUUCGAGACACCAAUAUUUCGAAAUAUCUUUGUGUAAAACUAAACAUAUUUACCUGUCAAUGUAAAAACAGGAAUAAAUUUAUUAGAUAUUAAUAUACUUAUUCUAUUUGAUCUUGAUAUAUUAAGUAUACUUUUAAAUCUAGUUACUAUUUCGUGUAAAUAUAGAUAGUUCAGGCGUAAUUCUAUAAUAUUUGGAAAUGUUACAUAUUUAUAACAUGAUUACAUGAUCUUAUGUGAAUAUUAUACGAGCAUAAAGAAUGAAAAUAUGUUCAAAAAUAUAUACGUUUAAAUAAUUAUUGAUUCAAACACUGCAA